UUGGAAGGAAGCUGUCUUUUCACUGUCCUAGGCCAUUGCCACAGCUCCGUGGAUGGUCAGUCGGGAGGCUGUGCCCUUUCCCCCAGGAACUCAGUCAAGUGGGCAGCCUGAAGAUGGCUAAUUACACGUUGGCACCAGAGGAUGAGUAUGAUGUCCUCAUAGAGGGCGACCUGGAGAAUAAUGAGAUAGAACAAUGUGACAGCGAUGACGCCAAUACCCUCUCAACCCAGCUGGUGCCGCAGCUCUGCUCCACGGUGUUCGUGGCCGGUCUCCUGGGAAAUAUCUUGGUUGUGCUUAUCCUGGUAAAAUAUAAAGGACUCAAACACGUGGAAAAUAUCUAUUUUCUAAACUUGGCAGUUUCUAAUGUGUGCUUCCUGCUUGCCCUGCCAUUCUGGGCUCACGCUGCUGCACAUGGGGGGAGUCUUGGCCAGCCUGCGUGUAAGGUCCUCGUGGGACUCCAUGCCUUAGGUGUGUACGGCCAGGCUCUUUUCAAUACCCUUCUGACUGUGCAAAGGUACCUGGUGUUCUUCCAAGUGGGAAGCUUUUCCCCGGCCACCAGGAUGGUGCCCUGCACCAUCACUACAAGCAUCCUGGUGUGGAUAAUGAUCAUUCUGGUCACUUUGCCUGAAUUCAUGUUUUAUAAGGCCCAGAUGGCAGGCCAGAAGUACAAGUGCUCGUUUAGCAGACCUUACUUCCUCCCAGCUGAUGAGACAUUCUGGAAGCAUCUCCUGACCUUAAAGAUGAACAUUUUGGUAUUUGUUUUCCCGCUGUCUGUUUUUAUGUUCUGCUACGUGCGAAUGAGGAAAACACUACAGUUCAGGGAGAGCAGGUAUGGCCUUUUCAAGCUCGUUUUUGCCAUAAUGGUUGUCUUCCUUCUGAUGUGGGCACCAUACAAUAUUGCCCUUUUCCUGUCUGCUUUCAAAGAGUACUUCUCCCUACAUGACUGCAAGAGCAACUACAACCUGGACAGAAGUGUCCAGGUAACGAAAAUCAUUGCCACCACCCACUGCUGCGUCCCCCCUCUCCUCCAUGUGGCUCUCAACAAGGCAUUUAGGAAGUACCUCUGCCACCUUUUCCAUCUGUGUAAUAACACUCCACUUCAGCCCAGGGAGGAAUCUGCACAAGGGACAGCCUGGGACCAACAUGACCAUUCCACUGAAGUGUAA